AUGGACUUUGUCAAACGACCCGUAGACAACUUCCCUGGGAAGUGCCGCAAACGCAAAAGGCCACUGGUAAAUAUAACAAUGGCUUCAGUAGUGGUUCAAAUAAGCUAGCUGAUCAAGCGCUGGUCUGUUCAUUACAUUGGUCACGAAGCAUCUAGUACGAUACAUAAGUAGAAUAUUGACCGUUUUAAUAUUGAAACAACUUUCUGUGUCAAAUCAUGUGUACAUUAGAUGUAUGAUGAGCCUAUAUUAUUAUGUAAUGUGUUAUUAUUUCCUGGUCUUUGUCAGCCAGGGCCACCAGGUCCUCCUGGUCCUCCAGGCCCCCAGGGGCCUCCUGGAUCCCCCGGGGCAGAGGUCACCCAGGAGGUCCUCCUCCAGGAGUUCAAAGAGAUGAUAAAAGGUAACAUCAUAUAAAGUCAUAAAAUGUCAGAUAAAAGACACAACAUGUUAUAAAGUCUGAUCUGGUCCUUCGCUGAGUAUAAAAAGACACGUUGAUUCCAAAACAUUGGUGAUUGAUCAACUGCUACUGGUGAUGGAUCAUUGUUUCAGUGAAGGCUGAAGUAUUUCAUUAGUAACUGACCAUCCGAGGUAGAUACCGGAUCUGAGUGACAGUAAACUCACUACUCUAUUGCUGUACUGUAGUACUCAGAGAAAGUUGUUCCUAUAGUUCAAAGUCAAGUCCAUGUUCUUCUCAUCUUUCUAGUUGAGAUUCCCAUAUUCCUUCUGUGUUUUCACCAGAAGCUACAGAGAGGAGAGCUGCUGCAGUGGACAGGCAGACCAGUACCAGUCCUAGUCAGAUACCCAUGGCCCUCAUGGCCCUGGAAGGAAUGACCUCUUACAGGAGGAUAGAGGAAGCCUUCCACUGUAAACUCAUAGGACCUGUGGUUGUCGACAAGAAGACACUGAUGGAGCUCCAGAACUUUCAGACGGUACGUUUUGGAGGAACAAUUGAGACGUUUGUGGAGAAUGUAGAAGUUUGUGAAGUAUUUGGUCACCUCCUUGACCGUCUUCUUUAUCCUCUUGUCUUACUCAACAUUAAGCCCUCUAUUUAUCUCACCUUCACUUUUCUUUCUUUCUAUUUUCUUUCUUUUAACUUUGUUUUCACCGUAGGUUUUAAGUUUUAACCAGCAGUGAUUCUGGUUAUAUCCCCCUGAUAUAUAAGAAUGAAGCCAGGAAUAAUUAGGGAUCACCCCUUCCCUAAAGUCUGACAAAGCAAUACCAUGCUUUGAGUUUAGACUGGCUUCUUAGUCCUUAGUAAAACAAUAUCUAUUUUUGCAAUGCUCCACAUUACUUUCUGGGUGGUAUACAAAAGGCACUCUGUCUGUGACUUGGAAUAUGGUGCGGAGAGGACAAACAUUGGCACUGUUUGAAACGGCAUGAUGUAGUGGAAGAACUAUGCCAAGGGACAUUCUGAGGCGGGAGGUUAAGAGUAGACCAAUCAAAUCAAAUGUAUUCAUCACAUAGACAGGUUACAGCAGGUAUAAAAUAACUAAAUCCAUCAAAAUAACAUUUUUUAUGAAAAUAUGUCAAAACCGUGCCAAUAUAUCCUCCAAAUAAAGGCUUCGAGGGCAUUAUCACUUUUAUACAACGGGUUACCAACAAAUCCAAAUAAUGAUUGACAUAUUUUUAUAAAAAACUUUCUUUUGAUGAAUUUAUUCAUACUAUUUCAUCCUUCCACAAGAUAUAGUCCCGACACAAAUCUAGGGUUGCUACCCAAGCCGGCUGGUCGUUCGUUCUAUCGGUUCGGUUGCCAGAGACGCGACCCAGUCGUUCAGUCUUUUUGUUCUGUAUCUAUGGACGCGACCCAGUCGUUCAUUCUAAAUGUUCCAUUGCCAUACUGACUGGCAACGUUCUUAUCCCUUGUUUGCUAGCUAGCCAACUACGGCUAGUUUACGGUCAUUUCAAAAAGUGCAGCCAGAAUAAAAGCAAAGUAGCUGCAUUUGCAUUUGUUUAAGCUGUUUUCUAUUGACAUUUAUUUGGAUCCAUCCAUAACAAUGAGCUAAUGAGGCGCGAUUUCGCCUGGCAUAGAAAAUGUGCUCACUCAUCAAGACACUGUUUUUCAGAGGAGCUAGCCAACAACACAGCUAACACAAUCACUUCAAACUGAAGCUGGAAAGACUGCAAACUAGCUGCAAUUUGUUUCUUUUUACCUUUUUUCAAUUGACAUUUCUUUGUAUAUAUCCAUAAAAAUUAUGCCAGCUGAUUCAUGAUUUCGACUGGCUGAGAAACGCUGCCUGCCUGCCUGUCUGUCUGUCUCGUCCUGACUCCCCACAUGUUCAUUACUAUGGGACAGCUGGAGAUCGAAUUUGAAUAUUGAAACAAUGUUGCAAAUGUCGGAGAGACAGAAAGCAAGGUUUAUACAAAUCUCCACUGUUGAAAACAAAAGUUUAGUCUAAAAGAAAUGUGAGAUAAUGUCUAGAUGCUUUUUAUAGUGGAAAUCAAGUUUAUAAAGUGCCUGGCUGGGCUGAUGAGACAGUGGAUUGGGCAGUCAGAUGGAACAGAGUAAAUAGGCAUUUUAACGUCAUAGAUUUAGCCGGUGGUAACUUGUGGAAUAGACACGGGUUGGAAUGCGGUUUUAACCCAUCAGCAUUCAGGAUUAGAGCCACCCGUUGUAUAAAUAGUAAUAAUGGGCUGUGUUACACUGUAUUUACAAAAAUAAAGUGGGUAGUGACUUGGUCAGGCAGUGGAAUAAAUAGCUAGUAUUCCAAUGUCUGUUGGAAAUGUUUGGAUUGUUUGCUCGGGUGUUCCCUUUGGCAGACAUACAUAUACAUUUUGUAGGUCUUCGAUUCCCUUUAGCCAGAUAUCAAUUGAGCCCAAAUUAUCUGUGAGUCAUUGUACAACUCCAUUCUGCAAGUCACAUUGUAUUUAUCCUUCCAGCCUCCUGCUAAAGGUGCCUUCCUCAGAGGGACAGGAAUGGACCAAUCCACAGGACGAUUCACGGCUCCCGUCACAGGGAUCUACCAGCUCUCUGCUAAUGUUCAUAUCGGUAAGGAAUGCUUCUCUACCUUAGGGAAACCCAAUUAUCAGGGAAUCAUCUUGAGAAAUGUAUUGAUUUGGAAGUUGGAUAUCAAAUAUAAAGACAAUGCAUGAGGGGCAUUGAGGCACAAUUUAUCCAGAUAUUUUGCUAAAAUAUUGUACAUCUUCAGAGGACUCUGUGACCUUUUCUUUAGAGAGGUGUUUCUUAGCUGGAUAAUGUAUGACCUCAGAGUAACUCUGUUUCCUCCCUGAAGACCACAACGAGGUGAGGAGGAGUAAGAGUCAGCUGAGAGCCAGGGACAAUGUGCGAGUGCUGAUCUGCAUCGAAUCCCUGUGCCAUCGAUAUACGUGAGUAGGCCUACCCUCAGUCCCUGUCUAUUGAUCGUCUACCGUUUAUCAACAAAUCAGCAUGAUGAAGUUUGAAAAUGCCUCCAAUAUCUAGUCACCCUAUGAAACAAACUCAAAUGAGUCCACUCCACACUUUUUCACCUUGGCAUAAAGACCAUAUGGUUCUUAUUUGUUACAUGGAAUGUAGUAAAAACGAUCCCUGACAAACAAAGCAAUAUCAUAACGAUUCUUUUCUUUCCCCCCAUAAGAGUUAGCUAAUCUUUUAUUGUCUGCCAGGUCAGGCUUUCUGUUGUGUUGUUAAGGCUCAUUGAAUCCAUGCCUGAUAACCAGUGUUUAAUGCCAGUUUUACUUUUGCUAGUGUUUACGAACUGUUAAAGAUGGUGUCUAAUAUACAUUGUGUGGAACCAGUUAGGCAUUUCCUGUAUUAAAGUGGAACACGUCUUUAAAGGAAAUGUCCUCUCACCCCUUCCCCUGGUCCCUGUCGCCUCCAAACUCUUUAUAGACUCACCUUUGACACCUGGGACACCAUGCUGCUUCCAGCACCACAGGCCAGGGUCGUAUUCAUUCAGUAAAUCGUAGAAAAACAUUUAGCUAUGAAAAAAUUCAAAGCAACAUUUCUUAUUGGACAUUUGGUGCCUAUUGAAUACGACCCUGAAUAGAGAAAAGUUAUUUUUGGGAUGUGUGAAGGAUGCAGAGAACGAACGAGAAUAUUACACACUAGUUUUUAGAUACCAGAAUAUUACACACUCGUUUGUAGAUACCAGAAUAUUACACACUCGUUUGUAGAUACCAGAAUAUUACACACUCGUUUGUAGAUACCAGAAUAUUACACACUCGUUUGUAGAUACCAGAAUAUUACACAUUCAUUUUUGCCAUUUCUGUUUAUAUAAAGUAAGCAAAAAAUGUUUAAACGAACGGUACCCAAUAUCUCCAGAAUAUGUAAAGGCCAACAACCUUGCUUCACAACCUGGUAUUAUCAAAAAAAAAGUAUAAAUAAUAUUGUUAUGAUGGUUACCUUACCCCAAAAUAGUGGGCUCAUUGUUGUAGCUUUUCCACCCCAAAGCCUCCAGCCUGUCUGGCUCUCCCACACAUGAAAAUGCAGAGAAUGUAAAAUGAGCCUCAUUGCGAUGGCAGUUAAGUGAAGACAAACAUGAUUGAUUCACCAUAAAAAUGCAGCGUUUUCCACUAAACAGGAGCCAGUGGUCUCAGCAGGAGUUGUACAACUAGACUCCACGCCUGUAAUAUUACUGUCUGCACUGCAGACUUCAUUAAAGGGUCACUGUAAUGAUGAUGAUGAUUCAAGACUCAAAAUGAAGCAAUGACAUGUUUAUUUAACGUGUACGAAAACACAUUUUGCAUGAAAUAGCAUGCAAUUACACUAUUUUAUUUCAGAAAGUGUUAGGCAUGUAUAGAUAAAGUAAAGUUAUUUUUAACAAAUGUAAAGAUCAGGUAACAAGAUUAUGAUUAAUUAACAUUUGUUGUCUGUUUUCCUCUUCGUUACAGGUCGUUAGAGAUGAUUGUUGGAUUGGAAAGUAACAGCAAGAUCUUCACAGUGUAUGUGCAAGGGUUGCUGGAGCUACAGGUAGGCUUACAUUUAUCAAACUGAUCAUCACAACGCUUGCCAUGAAGAUUUUCCAAUAGGGUCAAAAAGCCUUUAAGAAGUGUUAACAAAUACAAUUACUUCUUAACACUAUAAUGGGUUUUAAUAUCACUAUAGCAAAACAAACAGUCAUCAUAUUAUUGUAUUUAAAAUGUUAUUGUAUCUCCUCAGGUUGGACAGUACACCUCUAUAUUUGUGGACAAUGGUGCUGGGGCAUCCAUCACAAUACAGAAUGGCUCUGACUUCAUGGGCAUGUUGCUGGGUGUAUAG